AUGUCGGGUCCUGUCAAUGGCAGUGCUCAGGCUGCCAGUGGAGCCGCAGUUCCUGAUCUCCCGAGACUGACUAGCCCCUCUGUGGAGCUCAGGGACAAGGAAGACCAGUCCGCCCACACACAGCUCGUGGAGCCGCCCCCGCUCCAAGUGGCCUCUGUAGCUCUUACGCAGAGCCCACCACCUCUGCUGUUUGUGGGACAUCCCCUCCUGCCUGCCUCCAUGGCUGUCGCCUCCCUGAGGAUCCCCAGUCCCCACUCGUCCCCCAGCUGGGAUGGGGAGUCGGAGCCCGAGGAGCUGCAAUCCUAUGAGAUCCUCCUAAACCAGGAGGCCAGCAAGGAUGAGGAUGUCAUCGUGCUGGAUUCCAGUGAUCCACCCCUCCCUGCCCUGCCAGAGCCCAGCAGAGAUCUCAUCGCCUACGAGGUCCAGGUGAACCGAAGAGACAUUGAAGACUUGUGCAUUUGCUGUGGGAGCACCCAGGUGUAUACGCAGCACCCGCUGUUCGAGGGGGGCAUGUGCACCCUCUGCAAGGACAGGUACUUAAACGGCCUGUUCCUGUAUGAUGACGACGGCCACCAGUCCCUCUGCUCUAUCUGCGGCUUGGGGGAUGUCCUGCUGAUGUGUGAGAGCCCCGACUGCACCCGGUGCUACUGCUUCGAGUGCGUGGACGCCCUGUUGGGCCCCGGGAAGGCCGUGCAGGCCCAGGCACAGAGCAAGUGGGCCUGCUUCCUCUGCCUGCCCCUCCCUGGUAGCGGGCUGCUGCGCAGGCGAACCCAGUGGAGAGCCCGCCUCAAGGCCUUCCAGGACCGCGAGUCGGCGUGGCCCCAGGAGAUAUUUGAAACAGUGCCCGUGGAGGAACGGAGGCCAAUGCGGGUGCUGUGCCUCUUUGCCGACAUCGGCCCUGAGCUAGCCAGCCUGGGUUUUCUGUGGAGCGACGCUGGACCAGAACAGCUGAAAAUCGUGCAUGAUGUGACGAACAUCGUGAGGCGGGACGUGAAAGCCUGGGGCGCCUUUGACCUCGUUUUUGGAUCCACACCCCCCAUUGGCCAAUACUGCAACUACCCUUGUGAGAGCUGGUACCUGUUCCAGUUCCACCGGAUCCUGCAGUACACGCGCCCCCCUCCUGGCAGCAGCCCCCUCUUCUUCUGGGCCUUCGUGGAUGCCCUGCAUCUGAAACCAGAAAAUCAGGCCAUUGCCUCCCGCUUCCUGGAGACUGACCCGGUGACCAUCCAGGACAGCCAAGACAAGGACGGCAGAACCAUCCAGAAUGCUGUUCGUAUGUGGAGCAACAUCCCGGCAGUGAAGAGGCACACGGAGCUGGCGCCUGAGCAAGAGGCAGCGUUGCUGGCCAAGGGCAGGCAGUGGUCAUGGGAUCCCAGAGCCCUGCAGCUGGUGAAGAGCUGUUUCCUGCCCCUGAAGGAGUAUUUUGAGUUCUCCUGCCCCUCAGAGAAUAUCUAG